GCUUGAGCGGCAAAAGGCCGUGUUUGGGAACUUGAACCAUUAGAAGUACUUGCCUGGCCAUGGAAUUCUUCAACACCCAUAUAUCUAUUUAAACCAUCCAAUCUUCUCAUUGGGUUGAACUGAAUUCCACUCAUUUUCUAACAUUAUUCAAUCUUUUCAAGUGUUCAAAGUGUCCUUCAAAGCUUGGUGAUAUGAGGAUCUUGAAUUGGAUGCAAAAUAAGCUCAAUGGGAGGCAUGGGGACAAGAAAUGGACGGUGGGAUCGAGCAAUCGCCAUCCCAUGCAAGAACCUAUCAAAGAAGAAUUCAGCGAUUGGCCACACGGAUUGUUGGCGAUCGGAACUUUCGGAAAUAACCAAUUAAAGGAGGAUUCAGAGAAAAAUGGUUCUUUGGAGAAAUCAAAUUCAUCACAAGAUUUAUCAGAUUUUACAAAGGAGGAAGUGGGCAAAUUGCAAAAAGAACUAAUAAAGCUAUUAGUACUUAAGCCAGUUCCUAAUUCCCCUGAAUUGGGAGAAAGAGAAACGGCUAAUCUUCCAUUAGAUAAGUUCCUAAAUUGCCCAUCAAGCUUGGACAUCGAACGGACAAUCCGCCAAAGAUUUUGCAAUGAUUUGGAUGAUGAGGAUGUGGAGGAUCUCUCGAGAAAUACCAGUGUCAUUCCGAGCAAAGACAAAGAAGUAUGCAUGGAUGAUAAGAAUGCAAUUCGGCAAAAAUCUAUUUCUUUUCUACUUAAGAAGAUGUUUGUUUGUCGCAGCAGUUUCAGUCCAACUCCAAGCUUAGGAGAUUCAAUUCCAGAGUCCAGAAUGGAAAUGCUUCUGAGGAAAAUACUUCACAAGAAGAUAUACCCACAAAACACCGGUGCAACAUCAACGGCUAAGAAAUACUUAGUUCACAAACGUACGGCCAAGAUGAAGGACGCAGAGAAUCCAACGGAUGAGAAAGAAAGCGAUGGAUGCAAAUGGGUCAAGACGGAUUCCGAAUUCAUAGUUCUAGAGAUGUGAUCUCUCUCCAUUUUCACUAGCUCGGAUAUUGUAUAUUAUAUAAUUCAAGUAUCAAUAUCAGAGCCGUUCAAAUUUCAAAGGCCUCCAUGAACAAUAAAUAAGAGGCUUCCGAUACAAGAUCGAUUCAAAGCUAUGAUCUCAAGAUGAAAUAGUUCUGAGGCGAGGAAAUGAAGGAAGAAGAAUUUGGAAGUUAUGAUCAGAGGGUGGAGAAAAUGUCCUCUUGGGAAUCUGGACCGUCCAUCUAGCGAUCCCAAUCAGCCGUGGAUACCCCAUAAUGUCACAAUCUUGGCUGUUCGAUUUUUGGCCUUGAAGCGGACACUAGACGUGAAAUGGCUCGACCGUCUACAUUCGAAUCAGAAAAAAAUUAUACCAAAUGGAUGGCUACGAUUCUUUGAUCAACGUCUUCAACCAUCCUUAGGUACCAAAUGGAUAGAUGGAUGGUCGUGAUUCACUGGCCCUAUGGUGUACCUCAGAACUCGGUGGUGUAUGCGUCUUAUAUUUUUUUUUAGUGCUCAAGCACACAUAAAUUAUAUAUUUACAAGGCAAAAUCAACGGUAUCGAUUCA